AAUCGGUCCACCCCCCCCCUCCGGGCAUAUAUUAGUGGCGACUUCAUCCUUCGACCCCGGCAACAAAACUCUUUUCGACAGAGUUUAAAUUUCUAAAACUCGCCUGACUUCCCAACACUUCCUACACACCCCUCACUCCCGUCAGAAUGUCGAUCUCCUCCAUUCGAGAGCUGAUGUCCAGCUACUCCCCCGUUUCAGAAUACUCCCAGCCCGACCUGGAGAAGGAACUCCACGUUUCACUGCGAAACGGGAGUGACACCGACUCUUCCGUCGGCUCCACCGGAUCCGUGGGCCGCGGGGGAUCGGAGAAGAAGGAGUCCAAGAUCGUCGAUGGACGUAUUGUGUCCGACGCCAUCAUCGGCCUUUCCGAUGGCAUGACGGUGCCGUUUGCGCUGACGGCCGGAUUGUCGGCGCUGGGAGACACCAAGGUGGUGGUCUUCGGUGGAAUGGCUGAGCUCAUCGCCGGAGCCAUCUCCAUGGGACUGGGAGGCUAUUUGGGAGCAAAGAGCGAGGAGGAAUCCUACCGCGCGACCCUCAAGGAGACAAAACAAGAGAUCCUGACCGACCCGGCCUCGGUGACAGAGACCAUUUCCGAAGUCUUCGAGCCGUAUGACCUUCCUGCCGAGCUGGUGGGAGAACUCACCCGACACCUCUCCGCCUCCCCCAACCUGCCUUCAUUCCUCAUGAACUUCCAUCACACCGUGCAGGAGCCAUCUGGAUCCCGUGCCUGGGUCUGCGCCCUGACAAUUGCACUGGGUUACUUCAUCGGCGGGUUUGUGCCGCUUCUCCCGUACUUCUUUGUUGGUCCCCAUGACGCAUUCUCGGCUCUGCGGUGGUCGAUUGCGACGAUGGUCAUUGCCCUGUUUCUCUUCGGGUACGGCAAGACAUGCUUUGUGAGCGGCUGGCGAGGACACCAGAACAUUCGAAAAGGUAUCGUUGGGGGGUUGCAGAUGAUAUUGGUGGGUGGCGUGGCAGCUGGGUCAGCCAUGGGGUUGGUGAAGGGGUUCCAGAUGUUGGCCGAUGCACAUGGUCACGAUAAACACUAGGUAUCAUCUGUCUUAUGAUCUGUCUGUUUCUGUAUGGCGUUGAGUGGGAUUUCAAAACUGCACUAUA